CGGUGUUGGGCUUUGUGUUGUACAGUUUCGGGGCUUUAACGCGGUGGAGAGCGGAACUGAAGCGCAGAUCAGCGGAGAAUUUCAGCUUUUUAAUCUUUUUACAAACAGUUUAAACAGUCCUUAACCUGCCGGCAUGGAUAUGCGCGCUGUUUAUUGCAAUGCAGAGAACCCAGCACCAAUGGGUGGCAAGGCUGGAGUUCCAAAUGCUGGAGGAAGGCGGGCAGUCCUGAGUGAGCUUUCCAACUUUGCUGACAAACCUGUGAAGACCACGAAAGGCUUGAAGUCUGCAGCUCAGCCAGCUGCUGUGCAGCCUAAACGUGCUCCGGUGGUGCCAGAGGUCUGCCCUCGUCCAGUUCCUGCUGUUCCUCCAAUCCAAGCUGAUGUCUCGAUGAGGGAGGAAGAUGACCUCUGCCAGGCCUUUUCAGAUGCGCUCUGUCCAAUUGAGGAUAUCGACAAGGGAGAUGCUGAAAUUCCUCAGCUGUGUUCUGAAUAUGUGAAGGACAUCUACGUGUACCUCCGAAGCCUUGAGGCCCAGCAGUCAAUCAGACCAAGGUACAUGGAUGGCUAUGAGAUCAACGAGCGCAUGCGUGCUCUUCUGGUUGACUGGCUCAUCCAGGUGCACUCCAGGUUCCAGCUGCUUCAGGAGACCCUGUACAUGACUGUGGCCAUCCUUGAUCGAUUCCUUCAGGUCCAGCCAGUGUCUCGAAAGAAACUGCAGCUAGCUGGGGUCACAGCCAUGCUGCUUGCUUCCAAAUAUGAAGAGAUGUUUGUUCCAGAGGUCGGAGACUUUGCCUACAUCACAGAUAACGCCUUCACAAAACCCCAGAUCCGUGAAAUGGAGAUGAUCAUCCUCAGGGAGCUCAACUUUGAGCUUGGUCGCCCUUUGCCUCUUCACUUCCUCAGGAGGGCUUCAAAAGCUGGAAAUGCUGAUGCUGAGAAGCAUACCCUUGCCAAAUAUUUCCUCGAGCUGACCCUUCUGGACUACGACAUGGUGCACUACCAUCCUUCUGAGAUCGGUGCGGCUGGCCUUUGCCUCUCUCAGCUUGUGAUUGAUGGACAGAAAUGGUCUCCAACACAGGAACACUACACCACCUACAGUGAGGCCCACCUGAAGCCCAUCAUGCAGCACAUGGCCAAGAAUGUUGUGAAAGUUAAUGAAGGGCUCACCAAGUUUAUGGCAGUGAAGAAAAAGUACUCCAGCAGCAGGUUAAUGAAGGUCAGCCUGUUUCCACAGCUGAGGUCUGACCUGAUGAAGAGCCUUGCUGCUCCUCUGCUGCCUACCUCAUGAUCUUGAUUCCUUUGAGGAGGAGUACCACCACUGAUCUGCACUUUAUUCCCAAUCAGCCCCAGAUGAACUGCUGCUGUUUUUUUGAUAUGUUUGUGUGUGUGUAUAUAUAUGCAAAUAAACACAGGUUUUACCUUUUUUAACUUUUAGAAAUGUGUACUUUUUGUUUCUAGUUCCAUUUCAAGCUUUUAAGGUAGUUUUACUUUGUCCAUGCUGUUUCUUAACUUGGACCACUUAAGCUCAGUGUUUAAAAUGGAAUUUCAAUAAAAGUCCAAAGAAGA